CGCCUUUAUACUUUCUCACGGCGGUGCUUCCAGUCCUUCCAUCACGAUUACUUGAAUCUUCGCUCAUCUACACCGGCCCUGUUCCCGGCCUUGUCCUUCAUCUGUCUGCCUCGAGCCAUAAAAACCUACUGGCUUCUACCUGUACCGCUCACCUGCGAGCUGAAUCGGUAAACUUGCCAGCAGACGACCGCGGACGACGAAGCAGCGAACACACGUCUGCUCCAACAGCCGUUCCCAGCGCGCGCGCGAGCUCAAAGAAAGCAAAUUUGGCUAUUUACUAGCUGACUGUUUGUCUUCUCCCCACGACCUCCUCUCACUGGGACAGUCUGGUGAACAACUCUCGCUCUGGGCUGGUGGUCAUCUUCAAGCAAUCGAGCGUCAUUUCAGCCGCGCCAGUGGAUUCUCUGUUGCCCCCUCUCGUGCGGUCCGAUCAGAUCCAGUGACCCAAAAGCCAGCGGCGCCACAGGCCAACUGCGAACAGCUUGAACAGCGCAAGCAGCCCGCCUGCAGCAGCAGCAGCAGCAGCACCGGCGGCAGCAGACGCAGGAAGCAGCCGUUCUGGCUCGUCAAAGAAUUGACAGCACUGUCUUUUGUUGCGCACAGUCUCGACUCGGACAGACCAUGGACGGGAGAAAUGCAUUAGGGCGGCGGAUUUCACUUCUCAACGAACCUGUCGAGAGUCUCGACGCAGCAGACGUGCCCGGCCGACCGGCUCGGCUGACCUCAUUGGCUUUUCGACACUCUCGCACCUCCAGCUUCGCGUCCUCACCAAACUCUUCACCACCCACCCCCGAGCUUGUUCGCAGCGAUUCAUCCGACUCUUCAGCUAUGAAUCGCACGCCGUCGCCAACCACGCCGAAUUACAUCGACUACAGCGGCCUGCAGCCGACGAGCAAGUCGAGCGAGGCCGCGUUUCAAGCGACGACGUCCGCUUUUUUCAACCCGCAAGUAGACCCUUCCGUGGCCAACUACCCGCCGAUCCCACCACAGCAUGCAGCGCAGUUCACCUACCCAGCACCGCCCGCCAUAGCACCCCAGCCUCAGGGUAGCAGCAGUAGUAGUCAGGGCCCUCACCCUCACCCUCACCCUCACCCUCACGCCCAGGGCCCUGCCUCGCUAUCCGACGCCGCCUCGUCGUCCACUUCCAAGGGGCCCGCCAAGCAAGCGACGAAGAAAAAUUCGUACCCUUGCCCUCUGGCGAAGCAGUUCAACUGCAACGACCACUUCACCACCUCCGGCCAUGCUGCCCGGCACGCCAAGAAGCACACCGGCAAGAAGGAUGCCUUCUGUCCGGAGUGUAACAAGGCCUUUACGCGAAAGGAUAACAUGGAGCAGCACCGUCGCACCCAUCAGAACGGUCGGAACGCUGCCAAGUCGACGGGGGAGAGCGCCGCCAAGAGACAGAAGACGUCGAAACGCGCAAACUCCUCCACCACCACGACGCACAACGCCGCCGCCGCUUCCGACAAGCACUCGUCGGCUUCCCUUGCGCAAUCCACGCACACCACGAUGACGGCCGCACCUGGCAUGCUGGAUCCAAGCCUGCCCCACAGCCCUGCCUCGAGUUUCGGCUUUCCUGAGCCUACCUUUUCGGGUGCUCUCAAUCCAUCCAUCAUGCAUCAGUAUCCGGACCCGAUGAUGCCCUUCAGCGCUCCUUUCCCAGGCAGCCCCACCAUGCUCGUCGACCCUGCUCUUGGGGGUCAGAUGCCAAACGGCAUGGCUAAUGGCCUCGACACCCUCGCUAUGGCUGCAGCAAAGCGCGACGAGCACUACUGAAGCGUCAACGGACUCGUCACUCAGAUGUGUCACAUCAACCAAUCAUUUCGCGCCAGAAGCCACUUGCUCCCCGGUUUUUCUUUUUCUUUUUUUUUUUAAUGUGUGCUACUACUACUACUACUACUACUACUCCGCGAUGAGUACUACUACUGUUCCCUCUCACAUAUGCGUGGCGUUCCGGAUUACCGAAUUGGGACUAAUCAUCUGGGUGGACUGUUCAUCUCGACGAAUAUAGACACCUAAGCUGUCAUGGCUAUGAUGCGCGGGAGGGCGCACCAACUGCUACUUGGGAGGGAAUGGAUUCCGUUGGUUUGAGAUACACAUAUCGGUUAAGGAUGGAUGGAUGGACGGCACAAUGGAAGCAUGGUCUAUCUGGGAUCUGUGUAGCAUACUGUCCGCCAAGGAUAUGCAUGCUUCUAAUGAACAGGACGCUAUGUUUUUUUUAUUGGCAAAUCGAACUUGCUUCGAGCGGUUGGGUUGGAACUGGUAUUCACCCUAUCCCGCUCUCGUUACCACGUUAUGCAGCUUGAAUGAUCAUGAGCUCUUACCUGUCCAGCUCGAAGG